GAUUAUAUAUUGUGUGCAUGAUAUCAAAUGGUUAUUUUUGAAUUGAGAUUCAAUUUAUGAGGAUGCUCGACGCUUUAGAUAUACUUACUCAGCUUCAUCGCUGAGCGUGUAGUAUGUUUUAUUUGCUACACGCAGGUAGGCAGAAUGAAUGAUUGGCAUGUUCCUGGCAGCAGAAGGGGCGAGACUAUCGUGGUGGAAUUUGUGAUUUUAAAAUAAAUAAUUGUGUUGUUAUUAAACAUGGUUUAAAUUGCUUCCGCACUAUUGUUAAACACUCCGUUUUUGCUACAGUUAUGUAUUAAAUAAUAUUUAUGAUGAAUAAAAGUAUUUUGAAAUGUUUUAAAUUUUACGAUUACCAAGUUAAUACUUUAGUUCGAAAGGGGCUGCAGACCUGGACGGAUUAGGGUUUUACAUAGCAAAACAUCUCUAAGAGGAUUAUUAAGGUUAGUUCUACUUGGCUGUAUCAUCUGGAAUAUUUGGAAAGCAUAUAACAGAAGCAUCUAUGAAGAUACAAGGGAAUCGAGGAUUGGGAUAACCAUUGAAAUCCAAAAAAUGAUUCAACAUUGGGUAUGGUCCAACAAGAAAGUACAGAAGAUUGCAAGAAAAGAGGAAAUUGAAGCUCUUAAUCUCAAACCUUACCUCUCUAAGAACAAAUGAAUGCCAUGGACGUUUCGCUGCAGAUCAGAUUAGGAAGCUGCUUCAGAAAAGAGUUAGAGGCAGUCGACUAGGCUCGUCUUUCUUGUAUUUGUUCUUUCUAAGUCUAUUGUUGUAUCUUUUACUUUCGGGGCUUCAGUCUAGUCCUCCCCGAACGUGUUCGAAUCUUGGUUAAUAAAUUUGGACUCAGGGUUUCUUCACAGUCUCGUGGAAGAGAAGGAAUUUUUACCAACUCCAGGGAAAACAUCCACCAAUUGAAUAGGCGGAGAAAAUGGCCAUUCAAAUCUCCAAAUUCGAGAAACUUAAAGAACUCCUACGUCCUCACCAGCACUCGCUUGCUCCAAGAAGGUGGAAGCCCCGCCAUAAAUCUUCUAAGCCACAACUCCACCUUCUCCUUCAAAAUUCAAUCAAAGGAGCUGUAAAUCCAGUUUUUGCAAAGGACUCUCUCUUUCGUUCAGUGUGCCAGGCUGCAGAAAACGACGGAGAUAGCAUUUGUGUUAAUCUUCCUCUUAGAGCUGGUUUGAGUAACAAUGUCUCCCAAGGAGACAAGGAUAUUGUUCUGGCACAGACCCAAUUUGUUGAAGGAACUGUCACAGAGGCAAUCAAUAAGCCAGAAUCUGUUGAGAGUCGAGGUAACUCUGACAUUUCUUCUUGCUCCUUGGUGAACGAGGGUGCUUAUAUUGAUUCCCUGAAAGGAAGGGAGGCAGUAGCAGGUAGGCAUGAUCAAGUUCAUAAGCUCCUUUCCCCCUUUGCAAAGGAAUUUAUCCCCCAAUCCAACUCUUUUAGCACUCUUUCGCAUCUUGGAACAGAAGAUAAUGUUUUGGUUAUGGAGGAAGAUCCUUUCAAACAUUUAAAUGAGAAAAAUUUGGUUCUUCAUUUUAAUGCUCUUGAAGAGAGAAUAUCCCCGAGUGACGAACCCAUUUGGUACAACCAUUCGGAUGUUGAAGAUGCCCCAUUCUUUGUGUCAAAAAUAAGGCCUUUAGCAAUCGAUCUUUCUAGAUGCUCAAAAAUCUCUAUGGAUUUACCAAAAGUCUUUAAACGAAGGAAACUCUUCUCUCCCUCACAGAUUGUUACACGUAGUAAAGCCAAGGUUCUCUCCUCUUGUAAGAGCAUUCUCCCUUCGGACAGUUUUUGGGUUUUGAGAUUCAUGAGUAGGUGCUUUAAGCUAUCAGGUCUUGUUGAGUGUGCACUCACGAUUGGUGGAACAUCUUUAGAUUAGAGAUUGGGUUUAAUGAAGGAUAGCCAUUUAUCUCUUGGGGUCCUAGUUUGCAAAGAGUGGUAUUAGGUCAUUUUAUUAGCACAAAUCAAGCUAUUUUUGGGAUGCUACAAUCAAGGACAAGCUAUGCUGGAUUAGAUCACUUAAAUGGUGGAAUGAAGGAUGUAUUUUGAUUUUAUCAGGCCAUAAAUCCCAAUCGGAAGAUAAGGUUGCUGGGAUUCCAAUAGAAAGACAACAAAUAUUGGGUUAAUUG